GGCGCUCCCUUUGUUUUCUUUUUUCCGGUAAAUAAAGGCGCUUUCUUUUAACAACGUUUACAUUCCAUACUGUACAAUAAGAGACUCUUCCGUCCUCUUGCCUUCUUUCUUUCCCUCUGAGCAGCAGUGAAAGCAAGAGAGCGAUAGCAAUGGAGGGAGGAGGGAAGCCCAAGAAGAAAUCAUCUGCUAUCACUCUCGACCAGUUCGUCUCUACCAUGUCCCCUCUUAUUGACAUCGAAAAGGAAGCUGAGAUAUCGGCCUCAAUCAGUACAGGGGCAUCAAGAAAUUUAGAUACUGCUCAAAAGAGGGGAUCCACGAUUCUCAACUUGAAAUGUGUGGAUGCUCAGACAGGGCUGAUGGGGAAAACACUUCUUGAGUUUCAAUCUACUAAAGGAGAUGUUCUUCCUGCUCACAAGUUUGGAACUCAUGAUGUGGUUGUUUUGAAACCAAACAAGGCCGAUUUAGGGUCCCCUGCUCUUGGACAAGGUGUUGUUUACCGGUUAAAGGACUCAUCAAUUACUGUUGCUUUUGAUGACAUCCCUGAAGAGGGUUUAAAUAGUCCCUUGCGGCUGGAAAAGGUGGCGAACGAGGUGACAUAUCGUAGGAUGAAGGAUGCUCUGAUUCAAUUGAGUAAAGGUGUGCAUAAGGGUCCUGCAGCUGAUCUAAUCCCUGUUUUAUUUGGAGAGAGGCCACCAACAGUGACCAAGAAGGAUGUAUCAUUCAGUCCCUUUAACUCACACCUGGAUCACUCUCAGAAAAAUGCCAUUUCAAAGGCACUUUCAUCAAAGAAUGUUUUUUUGCUGCAUGGGCCUCCUGGAACAGGAAAAACAACAACAGUGGUAGAAAUAAUACUGCAAGAAGUGAAACGUGGAUCAAAGGUUCUAGCAUGUGCUGCUUCAAAUAUUGCUGUUGACAACAUAGUUGAGCGACUUGCUCGUCACAGAGUGAAGUUGGUGAGAUUGGGGCAUCCUGCACGUUUACUACCUCAAGUGUUGGAGAGUGCACUAGAUGCACAGGUCCUACGAGGGGAUAAUAGUUCUCUUGCAAAUGACAUUCGGAAGGAAAUGAAGGCACUUAAUGGGAAGCUGUUGAAAACCAGGGACAAAAAUACAAGGAGGGAUAUCCAGAAGGAGCUGAGAACUCUUUCCAAAGAAGAGCGUAAAAGGCAGCAGCUAGCUGUGACAGAUGUAAUUAAGAAUGCAGAUGUUGUGCUGACAACUUUGACUGGGGCAGUUUCUCGCAAGCUGGAGAACACUUCAUUUGAUUUGGUGAUUAUUGAUGAGGCUGCUCAGGCACUUGAGAUUGCCUGCUGGAUAGCUCUUCUAAAGGGUUCCAGAUGUAUACUUGCAGGGGAUCAUCUUCAGCUUCCUCCAACCAUUCAAAGUAUUGAAGCUGAGAAGAAAGGCUUAGGAAGGACCCUAUUUGAACGCCUUGCGGACAUGUAUGGAGAGGAAGUCAUGUCUAUGCUCACUGUCCAGUAUCGCAUGCAUGAGCUUAUAAUGGAUUGGUCAUCUAAAGAGCUUUACAACAGUAAGAUUAAAGCUCAUCCAAGUGUUGCUGCACAUAUGCUUUCUGAUCUGGAGGAUGUAAAGAAGACCACUUCGGCAGAACCAACUCUUCUUCUCAUAGACAUAGCUGGGUGUGACAUGGAAGAAAAGAAGGAUGAAGAAGAAAGCACAUUGAAUGAGGGUGAAGCUGAGGUUGCCAUAGCCCAUGCAAAGAGACUUGUCCAAAGUGGAGUUCAAGCUUCUGAUAUUGGAAUUAUUACCCCUUAUGCCGCACAGGUUGUCUUUUUGAAGAUUUUGAAAAGCAAUGAAGACAAAUUAAAAGAUAUGGAAAUUUCAACAGUUGAUGGCUUCCAGGGCCGAGAGAAGGAAGCCAUCAUUAUUUCAAUGGUUAGAUCAAAUUCAAAGAAAGAGGUUGGAUUUUUGAGUGAUCGUAGACGAAUGAACGUGGCCGUGACGCGGGCAAGAAGGCAAUGCUGUCUUGUCUGCGACACUGAGACUGUGAGUGGCGAUGGGUUUUUGAAGCGAUUGAUAGAGUAUUUUGAGGAGCAUGGGGAGUAUCUAAGUGCCUCAGAGUAUACCAAUGAAUGAGUGAAGUAACAGAGCAAGAUGGCUCUUAUCACUCCAUUGGCUAUAUUCUGUGAUAACAGAUGGUAGCUUUGGAACAUGGUUUCCAUGAAUGCUUAUGUUUCUUGUUAGAGCCAAAAUUUGACCGCUUUCUCCUA